UCAUGAGGGUGCUUGCUGCGUCGUGAAUAACUUCGUCGCGCGAAGGCAACUUGCGGCGCCCACCUCCAGGAUUUAUUAGCAACUGGUUGUCCUUGUCAUUCACCCAAUUCUAUUUUUACUGUGGGUACAAAUACUAAGAUUAGGAAGCACUUAAAGUAAAACAACCGGUUAGCUUUCCCUCUAGGAUUAAGUGUGCCCCUUCAUGCAAUACUUAAGAUGUAAACUCAUUUUGUAUUCACUGUCAACAUAAUCAUGAUAUGAUGAGGAGGAGUGCCUGAGCGAUGCAGGUGCGGGUGUAGCCCGGCGUUGGAUUGCUUUUGGGUGCUUGAGCUUGAGCGCUGUACUGCGUGAAGCGCGCCUGUGCCGCGUGCGCAGUCUUGCAGCCAAGAAUACGAUAGUGUAGAUCGAUCUACCUCAACCUCAGCACUUUCAGCAAACUUCUUGCUUGAUGUCUUAGUUGUUGCACCUUGUUCCACACCACUCAGGGCUAGGAUAUCUUUGGUCCCGCUAUCUUCGUUGGGUGGUGGGUGAUAUCUGGAGGAAGCAGCGGCUGCGCGAAGUGACACAGGAGGGGACGAUUGAGGAACGUAGAAUCUUUACGCCAAUCUCAGUCAUAAGCACACGCUUGCUACGGCGAAGAAAGUAGGUUCUCGACGGUUCGCGACGGUCAACGACAACCGGACGAGCGACUAGAAUACUGAGGCAAGAACGACAACGACACUGAGGAGAACGUAGAAUAAUUACACCGGAAUAGGAUUCGGCGCAAGUUCGUUGCGGCAAAAAAGCUUAUAUAUAAGAUUUUGAUUCUAGUACGCGGUCCCACACGGCGCUGUCAAUUCCGAAAGCAUGGGUGAAAUGUGGGAUGGGCAGUCCCUCAUUUUGGGACAGUACAAAGGCGUACCUGUUGGUUUGCACUUCACACUGCUUUUACUCGCAUUGGUAGACGAAAUAUUCUGGAUAGCGCACAACGGCGGCUGGGGAUUCUUCAAGGGGAUAUUUCUGGUACUUGGUUUGAUUCGAAGUAUGAUCAGUUUUGUUCUUUACAAUAGAUUUUGGUAUCUGACAUGCAACCCGUGAUAUGCUUGCUCUUUUUUCGUUUAAAGAAAAACAAAAACUGAAAUUACAACUCCUCUCCUACUCCGCUCCUAUGUGUUGGAAAUUUCUGUCGGAACAACAACAGACACUGACAUUAUGGUUCACGGUUUUCGUUCAUGAGAUGGGGCAUGUGUGGAUGUGUCGCAGACUAGGAGGAGAGCCAGAUAGGAUAAUUCUCUGGCCAUUCGGGGGGUAUAUUUCAAGUUGAUGGAGACUACCACUGUUAUUCGUCUUUUUGCGCAGCUUUAGGAUUCAUUGCUGGAUUAUUUAGCAAGAAUUAAAAUGAUAAAAAACGUGCAGCCGAAAAGAGUAAAUUCUUUUUCUUGCUGAGUUCCUCUGGAGGGUAGCGUUACAAAGAUUGAAAAAUCAAUGUCACCAAUCUCGUUGAAACUCGAGCCUCUCAUUCUUUCAUGGCACAACAGGCUCGCAUACAUGAAGCAUUCUGGGGAUGAGUCAGAUAGAACAAAGAUUCUGCUAGCUGGUCCGCUGAUGCACAUUCCGCUUGGCCUCUUUGCCGCUAUUUGUUAAGGCUCCACAAAACCCGGCCCAACGUGGAUCCUGUUAAAGUACUGCGCUGGUAGGGCCUCGUGGAUGCUCGGGCUGUACUGAGGCAAGUACUGGGGCGAGUAUUUUAGCGGGAUCUAUUCACUGGAUGGGUUAGGGGUAGCUCUAAACUUGGAUCGCAAUUUUCACCGGUGGGCCGUUUCUGUGGUACGUCGACUGGUGCUUUCACCUCAACCUUCAGCUUUUUCUUCUCAACUUAUUCGUGCCAGCACACCCGCUUGACGGUUGCAGCAUGUUCGCAUGCAGUCUUCUAAAUUCGUACUCGACGGACACGACGGCGAAGAUUUACGUACCGUUUGUGCAUUUGUUACAAAUCAGGAGAGUAGUACUUCCUGCUGAAAAUCUCUUGUGUUUUGUAGAAUUUUUUGUUUUUGUGUUGGAAUUGGAUGUGGAUUUCGUUCGGACUCUGCGUUCUUUUCUCUACGUUCUUGUGGUAUGGUAGACGAGAAAGCAAGCCGGAAAUAUAAUUUCGCUGUGAUUUUUCGACUUUACGGUCAAGAAGGUCGUAGUCGUAAAACCAAAAUUUUCACCUUGACCUCAUCUUCAGAUUUGCCUUGCAGUUCCGUUUAUAGUUUUUCUGGCUUGGUGGGGAUUCGCAGAAACGAAUUUUCUGGCAGUAAUACUGGCAUUUUGGAUGGUUGCGCAGACCGCGGACCUGAUAAUACGCAUUAGGCAAGGUCCAGCAGGCCUGGCGAAGCACCCAAUGUUUACAAUAGCGGACCAGAUGAAACCGAAAAAUAAGAGCCAACAAAGGGGCGUGGACAUUUCGAGUUGGGAUGGUUCUGCACCAUAAUUUUGAUUUCUAGCAUGCAAGUAGAAGUACGAGUACAAGAACUACCAAGCUAUUUCGUACUUGGAAAAUGUUCACUGUACUAUGCUGUACGGUUGUUCAUAACUACUUAGUACUCUUAAUCGCAGGUAGUGCACAGUCGUAUGGGCCAUCAGCAGGUGGCGGAGGUGCGCCUCCAGUACAAACAAACUGGGGUAGUGGGACAGUCGGCGGAGUCCCCGUCGUGGGUGUUCCUACCGGUGGCAAUGCAGUGCCACAGGAGCAAGUCGAGACGGGCGUGCCGCAGGAGAAUCCCUACGUUGGUGGGGUGGAUAAAAAUUAAGGCUUCCCCUAAUCCAUCUGUAUAGGGGUGAUCCCUCAAGCGUAAGUAUGCACCCCAAUACAAGGGGAAUACUAUGCCAUGAUACGCUUGAGGGAUCCUCGCAGGGAUGAAUGAGGGAGAGGUCUAAAAAUAACCGCAAAGCGAGCAAUACGGUGGUUACGGUGGAGGUGGUAAUCCCGGCGCAGCGGAGCAACAAAACUACAAUGCUAGCCAGUAUGUGGACCAGUAUGGUCAGCAACAAAAUCCAUACGAUCAAUAUGGACAACAACAGCAACAACAGUACGCUGAUCCUGCGGCUUAUGGAGUGUCACCGGCAUACGGCGGAGCACCGGCGCCAGGACAGGGGUCGCCAAAUCGGACAGUACUUUCUCUUGGCUUCAACUAAGUACAACUUGUUCAAAACUUGAAAUCGAUUAUGACAUUUUGAUGUAGACUCAAAGGUGAUGAGGUGUAACCAUGAGAAACCUUGUAAAGAUGAUGUAUUUAAAUCUACUUGUCGUGGUCGCCCCGCUGCUCACUACCCAUUUGAGGUUAGGAAUCUACGAGUUCAUUCCAGCGUCAGAUGACUCGUCAGAAUAUUCUGAAAGAAUUAUAGCUUGAAAUGAAAACCCCUUAGACCCAAAUGUAGGUGACAGUGGAGAUGGCAGAGAUUCGGGCCGGCGGGGGUAGCCCUCAAAUCUUCUCUAUACCCGACGGUGAAGGACAACACACCACUACACUCGCCGCUCCGGGUGUAGAGCCUUCUCCUCGAGAACACAACCAGCUGUGACCUUUCGCGGAACCUUUGCCGCGCUAGUACCCCAGAUAAUUUACAACUUCCACAUUUGCUCCACUUCUGAUGAAACGAGGUCCAUGUUGUCGUAAAGAUCCCUGCAACAAAGACUGCAUCUAGAGUACCUUCCACAUUAUUCACAAUAUUUGAAGCAAGCAUCAUCUUACAACUACUUAGUUUUAUCGCGUCACAUUUACAUCUGGGAACAAUUUUCAAGAUGUUGCCAACCCUGCGAGAAACCUCAACAGCUGCAAACCGAAUACUUCCAGACAUCUAGACAAGAUUGCAUAUAUGUUCCAGGGCGCGGGGCGACGGUACCCCCCGUAGCGGGGGGUACCGUGCGCCCUGGACCCCUUUUUAUGGCGUCUGCCGGGGGUGGAAGGCCUCAAAAGGGGUCCCAGUGACCUCCCCCCUCCGCUCCCUUUCAGUUGCCUGGCUGUUCCCCAAGUGCAUCCGUUAGGCUUCGCCGCCGCAGCAGUGCGCCGGCAGCGGAAGGCCUCCGAAGGUCGCAAAAGGCGAGGGGCUGGACCCCCUGGGCCGUGCCGCUUGUAUUCUCCGGGCCCUUGGUCAUCGGCUUGCUUGCUCUUGCGACCGUGGCCGCCUUCGGCGGCCUUUUACCCCGGAGACCUCCCGCCUGCGAGGGUCAGCAGAGGCCAGGAGGUCCCUCAGGAACACGCUGAGAGGCCCAAGGGGAGGCCCGCGCCAAGUUUUGACGCCUUCCACCACUAGAAUCCGCGAAGAAUCCGCGCGGCAAAGCGCGCGCGCGCGCCACCACAGACCAGACCACCGGGGGGAGAGGGGGGGCACCGUCCGGCCCUGCGUCAUAUAUAUAAAGCGUUUUCCUAAAAUCCGCGACCAAGGUCUCGC